AUGACGGAAGCUGCAGGCACAUCAAGACAUCAGCCCCGCAAACCGCGUCCCGAAAAGCGGCAAAAGCGGCCGCAACUUACCCAUUUCCUGUGUCUCCCUCUGGUAAACGCCAAAUCGCUAUCGCAGUUAGAAGAAUCGCUCGCGACCUUCAAAACAGCUCAUAUCACUGAUCCCGGGCCAGCUUCUCAACCGUCCUCCAAUAGCCAACGGGACACCUCCCGCCUGGGUCUUCCCAGCACAGCUUUUCGUCCACUAGGCACACUUCAUCUUACUCUUGGAGUGAUGAGUCUCCCCAAUAAAGAGCGUCUCGAUCAAGCUCUUACUUUUUUCCAAUCCCUCGAUCUAGCAGACCUAAUGAAAGAGGCGGAGCGAGUCAGCGCUCAGACACAACAGAAAAGAACCCUCCACCGAUCAUCGCCCUUGACUGUAUCUCUCGAGUCAUUACAUGCUCUGCCACAAGGUCAAUCAGCAACCAUAUUACACGCUUCACCUGUCGAUCCUACAGGCCGCUUGCUUCCAUUUUGCAUAAAGCUACGUGACAAAUUCAUUGAAGCUGGCUUCAUCCAAAGUGAGCCCGAGAAAAGACCAGCAGGAAGACAAAAGCCCGCGAAUCGCUUUGUCCAAGACUUUCCUGUGCCCUCUGAAUCUGCUACUAUCUCUAGUGAUGUGUCUUUACAUCCACGAGAAAGCGAAAUUCCCUCUACAACCCCCGGCGUAUCGAGAAAGCCAGAUCCAUCCAUAGCAAUAAUACCCCGACAACCAAAACAGCGACCACUCCUCCUGCAUGCGACUAUUGUCAAUACCAUUUAUGUUCGCGGACGACAAAGCCAGAACAAGGAUGCGAAAAAACAUGGUCCACCCAAACGACUUACAUUUGAUGCUCGCAACCUGAUCUCGCAGUAUCGUAAUUACUACUCUGAAGGCAAUCAAACUAUCCCACACCCAGGACCUAAUGUCUCUCCCGGGAACACGGAAAGUCACCACCGCCGUACGAAAUCCUCACCAAUCCCAAACAAAAACAUUAUUCCCACCAGGCAUGAAAACCACUCGGCCACUCCUCCUCCCCCACCGUCACAGGGCCAUCCUUUCAUUUGGGCAAGGGAAAUCCCUCUGGAUACUAUUUGCAUCUGUGAAAUGGGCGCCAAGAAACUAUAUCCUGGGGUUGACGACCGUCAGGGUUUGAAUGAACGGCUCGGCGAGAAGUAUACGGUUGUUGCAGAACGGAGUCUGAAUCCACGACUGACAUCGCCCCCCUUGUCGAACACAAACGCCUCCACGUAA